UCUCUGCUGACUGUUCUAGUGAGGCAUCUCCAGCCAUGAACCAUUUUGGUACCUGGUUGGUGGGAGGCAUGGUGACCUCGUUGCUGCCACUGAAAGCCUGCAACAAUGAAAAUCUCAGCAAAAUUGGUAUGUCUUUGGAUGAUAUCAUCAAACUAAAUUGACAGGGAGGAAAGAAGCAGAAUUUUCUAACUGGAGCCUGGCAAUUCAGGAUGAGCGUAUGAUGGAGAAUUCAACGGAAUUCUGGCUUUGGUAAGACUAGUCUGAACAGAGGAAGAGUAAUGCCUGGAAAGAGACAGCUUUAUGGAGUUAUCACUGGCCUUGCAUCCAGGAAAGCAACUGGAAUUCACAAAGAAAUUAAUCCUAUGAAUCAUCCAUCUCUAACUGACAGGAAUAUAGAACGAUAUUUUCUAGUGUUAAAAAGGAAGGCAAACCUUCUGGGACAAUAUGAAGUGCAGAAAAAAACAGUUGCAGUUCUCAAGGGACCUAACUAGCUAAACAGAAAAAAUAACAUUCCAGCCAAUUUUACCAAGACUGGAAAUAAAUUAAGCCAUCAGAAACAUAUGCGUCGGGCAACUUUCAGAAGAGACCUGAAGGUUCAGACCCAGUUGAACACACAGCAAUUGCUGGAUAAUGUAGUACGAAAGAGAACUCAUCAAUGGCAGACUUUCACCACAAACGGAGGAAUUUUGACUCUAUCUUUGGACAAUCCUGGAGCAGUGCAAUGCCCAACAACACAGAAAUCAGGAUUAAUUCAUACUGCUGUAUCUUCAUUUUUAACAAAAUGGAAGCAAUCUGACAUAACGAAAGUUCUUGAAGUGGAACCCUACAAUUGACACAUAAAUUGUGCUGGAAAACAGACAGAGAUGACUUUGAAUGAGAAGUUUAGGAUCCUGAAGGAACAAAGAGCCACUCUGACAAACAACAAAGGAGGAAGCUGCUUUGUAACUGUAUUAGUCUGUUCACACACUGCUAAUAAAGACAUACUUGAGAGUAGGUAAUUUAUAAAGGAAACAGGUUUAAUGGACUCAAAGUUUCACGUGGCUGGAGAGGCCUCACAAUCAUAGCAGAAGACAAAGGAGAAGCAAAGUCAUGUCUUACAUGGUGGCAGGCAAGAGAGCUUGUGCAGGGAACUCCCAUGUAUAAAACCAUCAGAUCUUGUGAGACUUACUCACUACCAUGAGAACAGUAUGGGGGGGGAACAACUCCCAUGUUUCAAUUAUUUCCACCUGGCUCUGCCCUUAACAUGUGGGAAUUAUUACAAUUCAGGGUUGAGAUUUGGUUGGGGACACAGCCAAAUCAUAUCAGUAAUCAUGGAAUAGAUCCCAUAUCAAAGGGAAUUUUGAGUGAUGACGCU